AUGAAAAGCUAUCUUCUUCUCGAAUUGUGGAUAUUAAUCGCUGAUCAGCGAUUACCAAAGACGACUCUGACUACCUUAUGUCUUACAUCUAAGACACUCAAUGAAAUCUUCAGACCUGCGCUUUACCGUGAGAUUGUUUUACCAGAAUUUGCAGAUGGAGAUGAACUUCAGUGGAAUCAUCGACAAUUACGGGCCAUCUCCCAACUUCCUGUUGAGACCCAUCUCCGUCACACACGUCGAUUAGACUCUAAUUAUGUUGGAGCGGCUAUCCAGGCUUGCCUUUCCAGGUGUUUAGACAAUAUGACAAAUCUCGAGAGCUGUUCCAUUAGCACGAUUCCUGGCUUCGCAGCUUACUUCCAUCUCGAUAAAAUCAGGGACAUCUGCCUCGAUCUAUCGAAGAAUACACCCCGUUUUCAGAUCUUUUAUCAGCCACCAAAUCUCCCAAAUUUCAGAAACCUGCAUAGUCUAGAUUUGAGAGGCCUGAAGGGUGACCUGGAAGUUCUGGGCACGAGUAUUGCCGGAAUUCUUUUUAACGAUGGUAUGCCUACCGUUACGGCACUCGGUCUCGAUCUAGAAGGCCACGAUGGAAGCGAAACCACAAAUAAUUUAUUCUUGGAUAUUUUCGCAGAAUUCGACAAUAUGAGACGAGCAAUUGGAAAGCCAGAUCUACUAUUGAACUUACGAGAUCUCAUAUUGGGAAAAGGGAUGUAUCAUCAGCUCGCUGACAUGGACGAGCAAUACGACUGUAAGCGGUGGCGAUUAUCAAACCUUUUAGAUGUAACGAAGCUUCGUACAUUACGACUUUUGAACGACCCAUAUAUUGAAGGUGGUUACUGGGAGCCAUAUGGAACUAUACAUCUGGAGUUAUUCGAUGGCAUUACUGCUCUCCAGAGAGUUUCUGUGGAAUUCGUGAGUCAAGAAGUCGUAAAAUUACUUCAUCACUUAAUUAUGAUGAAAGAUUCAUCGAAUCAAACGACCCUACGAGAGUUUCAAGCAACUCUCGACAGUACAAUUCAAUCGCGAGCACCUGGCUCUUCUAGCCUAUGUGAGGUCUUGGCUCUGAUUAUGCAAUUCGAGUGGCGUCAAUUAUUGAUUUCAGGUGAAGAAAGUUGUAUGAAUCAAAUCUACGAAGCUUCUUGGGAUGAGCCUUCAUAUCAGUGGGAGGAGCUGGGAAUUUUGUGGAUUAACUGGGAUCAACAUCGCGAUACACUUCUUCAACUCCCAAAGCUUCGUAUUCUAAUGUUCUCUUACGCUACAGUAACUAUUAGUGGUAAGCGCUCACAAGUUACAGCGUGUGAAGAGGAUGCGUUUAGUCUCGCUAAGAGGAUCUUUACUGCUUUCCAAGAACAUGCGAAGAAACAGAAGAGGGAUUCAAACCUAAGAUAUGUUGGUAUUGAUAAAUGGGUUUUUACUUCUUUGUGGUUGCCUUCUUCAGAGCUCAAUGAUGGGAACACUGGAGCUGAGGUCGCGCAGCUUGAUAAGGAAGAAGCUAGAACAUUUGAUUUUGUGCGAAUGAAUGAAGGUUUGGUGAUUGGGAAGUACAGGUUGGGUAGAAGUUGGUAA